AUGAAUACACGAAAGUACAUUGAUGUGAUUGAUAAAUUGAUAUCCAGUUAUAACCAUACAUGGCAUCGUAGUAUUAAGACAGAACCUGUAUCCGUUACAUUACAAAAUCAAGAAAAAAAUUGGAAGGAAAACGCUGUAUACGGUCAGCAACCAGUACAAAACCCUAUUUCUUCAGAUUUAAAGAUUGGAGAUACGGUACGCAUCAGCCGAGAAAAAAUGCUCUUUGAGAAAGGAUACGAACAAAACUGGACACGAGAAAUUUUUACAAUCUAUAAAAUUAUUCGACGGAUUCCUGUUGUCUAUAAACUGAAAGAUCUAGCAGGAGAAGUUAUACAAGGAACUUUUUACAAACAAGAACUUCAAAAGGUUUCGGACUCUGGUUAUUAUCCCGUAGAAAAAGUUUUAAAAAAGAGGAAACGUCGCGGGAAAAUAGAAUAUUUUGUGAAAUUUCAGGGGUACCCCGAAAGCUUCAAUGCUUGGGUGGAUGAUGUGAGAAGGGUAUAA